GUACCUAACCUGGCCUCGGCAGCGGCUGAUACACUAGGACAUCUUCUUGGCAUAGGUAGUGCAUCUUUUUUUUUGGGCUACGCAAAUGCGCAAUCGUGUAAUAACAAAUUAACAAAAAAACAAAAACUUGCUAUGUCAAAUAACUGAUCGAUUAUUACUGCCGAGGGACGUGGAUUCUAAAACCGUCAUAUAUCAUAUAUCAAAUCGGCUUUAGGGAAUUCAACAAUGGCUGAUCUCAGAGUCAUCCAUGCAUACCGUCAUCUAUAUCGCGGGCUCCUUCAUGCUGUGCAGUUUUCAAAACCAGCUCGCUUUGUAGCUCGAGACCGACUGAGGGCGGCAUUCCGUGAGAAGGGGGCCAAGUUUGAUCCUCGAAGUACAGCGAGGACCUUGCGCUUUCUUGAAGCUGCCGCUAGGACUCGUGGGUUAGAGCAUAAUAUCCUCAAAAAUCUCUUACUAGUGGCUUACUACCGAUACUAUGCUUCUCGGACGCCCUGGAAAAUAGUCGAGCAUUCAAUAAAUGCGCCUAGGUAAAGCCACGCCUCUGGCAUUCAUUCUAUCGAUAGCUAACUAGCUCUUAGGAAACGAACCGAGUUCGAAAUUUUUAUUGAAAAAACGGCCUAUAAGCAUUAUGAUAUGACUAUCGCCAUGCUCAACAAGUCCAUGGGUUUAUGCUUACGAUAGGAUACCGCACGAACAUA